CUAUCCUCUGGUAUGGGUAGUUUCUCCGCAGCUCUGAGAUGAGUGAGCGGCCUUGGAUUCAGUUUUACAGGAAUAUAGCUGCGGAUAGAGCGUUGUGAAAGAAAAAAAAAAUCACUUUUCAGAGAUCAGGAGGACCAACAUGGCUUCAGGUGGAGAACAGAAAAAUGAUGACCUGUCUACUGCAAUUUUAAAACAAAAGAAUAGACCCAACAGGUUGAUUGUGGAUGAAUCCAUAAAUGAAGAUAAUAGUGUGGUCUCUCUUUCUCAGGCCAAGAUGGACGAGCUGCAGCUCUUCAGAGGAGACACGGUGCUGAUGAAGGGGAAGAAGAGGAGGGAGACGGUGUGCAUCGUGCUCUCCGACGACACCUGCUCCGACGAGAAAGUGCGCAUGAACAGGGUCGUCCGCAACAACCUGCGGGUGCGCCUGGGAGACGUCAUCAGCAUUCAGCCAUGUCCGGAUGUGAAGUAUGGGAAGCGCAUUCAUGUUCUUCCCAUUGAUGACACAGUGGAGGGCAUCACAGGGAACCUGUUUGAGGUUUAUCUCAAGCCAUAUUUCCUGGAAGCCUACAGGCCUAUAAGGAAAGGAGAUAUUUUCCUGGUCAGAGGAGGGAUGCGAGCUGUUGAAUUCAAAGUGGUGGAGACGGACCCCAACCCCUACUGUAUAGUGGCUCCAGACACAGUUAUCCACUGUGAGGGAGAGCCCAUAAAACGUGAGGAUGAAGAGGAGUCACUGAAUGAGGUUGGCUAUGAUGAUAUUGGAGGAGUUAGGAAGCAGCUGGCCCAAAUCAAAGAGAUGGUGGAGCUACCCCUGAGACACCCGGCUCUGUUCAAAGCCAUUGGUGUGAAGCCCCCACGUGGCAUCCUGCUGUAUGGACCUCCUGGAACAGGAAAGACGUUGAUUGCUCGUGCUGUUGCAAAUGAAACGGGAGCGUUUUUCUUCCUCAUCAAUGGCCCUGAAAUUAUGAGUAAACUUGCUGGAGAGUCAGAAAGCAAUCUGAGAAAAGCCUUUGAAGAAGCUGAAAAGAAUGCUCCAGCCAUUAUCUUUAUUGAUGAGCUUGAUGCCAUUGCACCAAAAAGAGAAAAGACUCACGGAGAGGUGGAGAGGCGCAUUGUCUCCCAGCUGCUCACGCUCAUGGACGGGCUGAAGCAGAGGGCCCAUGUGAUCGUCAUGGCGGCCACAAACAGACCCAACAGCAUUGACCCAGCCCUCAGGCGAUUCGGCCGCUUUGACCGGGAGGUGGACAUUGGCAUUCCAGAUGCAACAGGGCGACUGGAAAUCCUCCAGAUCCACACUAAGAACAUGAAACUGGCUGACGAUGUCGAUCUUGAGCAGGUCGCUAACGAGACUCAUGGCCACGUGGGAGCAGACCUGGCUGCUCUGUGCUCAGAAGCCGCCCUCCAGGCCAUCAGGAAGAAGAUGGACCUGAUCGACCUGGAGGACGAGACCAUCGACGCAGAGGUCAUGAACUCCCUGGCCGUCACCAUGGAUGACUUCAGGUGGGCCCUGAGCCAGAGUAACCCCUCAGCCCUGCGAGAGACGGUGGUGGAAGUGCCCAAUAUCACCUGGGAGGAUAUCGGUGGUCUGGAGGACGUCAAAAGAGAGCUGCAGGAGCUUGUACAGUACCCUGUGGAGCAUCCAGACAAAUUCCUGAAGUUUGGAAUGACCCCUUCCAAGGGGGUGCUGUUCUACGGACCGCCUGGUUGUGGUAAAACACUCUUGGCGAAGGCCAUCGCCAAUGAGUGUCAGGCCAACUUCAUCUCCAUCAAAGGCCCAGAGCUGCUCACCAUGUGGUUCGGAGAGUCUGAAGCCAACGUCCGGGAAAUUUUUGACAAGGCCCGUCAGGCUGCCCCGUGCGUGCUGUUCUUCGACGAGCUGGACUCCAUCGCCAAGGCUCGCGGCGGUAACGUUGGGGACGGCGGCGGAGCCGCUGACCGGGUCAUCAACCAGAUCCUGACCGAGAUGGACGGCAUGUCCAGCAAGAAGAACGUCUUCAUCAUCGGGGCCACCAACAGGCCUGACAUCAUCGACCCCGCCAUCCUGCGACCCGGACGCCUGGACCAGCUCAUCUACAUCCCGCUGCCUGACGAGAAGUCCCGAAUCGCCAUCCUGAAGGCCAACCUCAGGAAGUCUCCCAUCGCUAAGGAUGUGGACGUGGAUUUCCUGGCUAAGAUGACCAAUGGCUUCUCCGGAGCUGACUUGACAGAGAUCUGCCAGCGCGCCUGCAAGCUGGCCAUCAGAGAGUGCAUCGAGAACGAGAUCAGACGGGAGCGAGAGAGGCAGACCAAUCCCUCUGCAAUGGAGGUCGAAGAGGAUGAUCCUGUUCCCGAAAUCCGGAAAGACCACUUUGAGGAGGCCAUGCGCUUUGCCCGCCGCUCUGUCAGCGACAACGAUAUCCGCAAAUACGAAAUGUUCGCACAGACACUGCAACAGAGCCGAGGGUUCGGCAGCUUCAGAUUCCCCACCAGUAGCCAGAGUGGUGCUGGACCAAGCCAGGGAUCAGCAGGGGGCAGCGGUGGCAACGUCUUCAACGAGGACAAUGAUGACGACCUCUAUGGUUAAACUUGACCACACGUUGGACCAAAAUAAUCCAUCCAACCAGGCCAUGUUGUACAAACAUAUGAAAAUUCCACAUUUCUAAGACUAUAUACUUCUUAAUGUUAAUUUUUAAAAAACAUCUCUCUCUCUGCCUCUACAAAUGUCAGAGAAAGCAUGUAGCCGCUCAUAUUUGAUCUGGUUUGAGAGAAACAUUAUUCCAGAGCCUGUUAUUAGAUGGAAGGGGGUGGGUGGGGAACAUUCUCUGUAGAGGGGCUUUAUCCUCAACUUUAUAAUUCACAACCUUACAAUUUGAGCCGCUGUAAGUCAUGGUUACUAUGUUAGUCUGUAAGGGAAAAAUGAAAAUUGCUAAUGGCGUCAUUUUUUAUGAACGUAGCAUAUAAUGUAUUAGAAGUUUGAAAAAUGUUUGUUAAAAAUAAAACCUUAUGGAACGGAAAACAAUAAAUUAACUGGUGAUGGUGCCUGUCAAAUG